GGUUCUCUGCUUCCCCGCUGUCUAUAAAUUGUCUCCUUGUAAUAGCUGUUUGGAGGUAGACUUGUUAUUGGUAGUGUUCUUUUAGGCUCUACCUCUACCUGGUUUCGUGCUCCUUAGAGCUCCAAAUCUCGAAAAACGCAUCUGGGUUUGAUCCAAGUCCUUGGUUUCUAGCUUCUUAGUGCUCCAAAUAUCAAAAAACUCAACUGGGUUUGCUUCCAAUUCUAUCAAUUGAAGAUCAUAAUUGGCCUCUUAUUGUCUCUCUCUCUCGCUUUCCAUUUUCAGAAUGUUCCAUGCAAGAUCUGCUCAAUUGUUAUACCUACUAGUUAGUGUACUGAUCUUGCUGAAAACAGAAGGCUUCAAUGUCGGAAUAACUUACGUUACGAAUGCCGUGGCAAAAGGAGCAGUUUGUUUGGAUGGGAGUCCACCAGCAUACCAUUUUGAUAAGGGAUUUGGAGCAGGAACUAACAACUGGUUGGUUCACAUUGAGGGAGGAGGAUGGUGCAACAAUGUCACCACUUGCCUUGCCCGUAAAAAUACCCGCUUAGGUUCUUCUAAGAAAAUGGUAACACAACUUUCUUUCUCAGGGCUCCUGAGCAACAAACCACAGUUUAAUCCAGAUUUUUAUAAUUGGAAUAGGAUCAAGGUGAGGUAUUGUGAUGGAGCAUCAUUUACUGGUGAUGUGGAAGCUGUUGAUCGAGCUACAAAUCUUCACUACAGAGGAGCAAGGAUUUUCCUUGCUGUUAUAGAGGAUCUAUUAGCAAAGGGAAUGAAGAACGCGGAAAAUGCAAUUCUCUCUGGAUGUUCAGCUGGUGGGUUGACUUCAAUAUUGCAUUGCGAUAGCUUCCGAGCUCUUGUACCCAUGGGUACCAAAGUAAAAUGCUUUUCGGACGCAGGAUAUUUUAUCAAUGCGAAGGAUGUUUCAGGUGCACUGCAUAUUGAAGGCGUCUAUAAUGAAGUGGUUAUGACACACGGAUCAGCAAAGAAUUUACCGGCAUCGUGCACUUCAAAAAUGAGACCAAGUUUGUGCUUUUUCCCACAAAACGUAGCACAAGGAAUCCAGACACCUCUUUUUAUGGUAAAUGCGGCCUAUGAUUCAUGGCAGAUAAAGAACAUUUUGGCUCCUGGUGUUGCCGAUCCUCAUGGCUUGUGGCACAACUGCAAGAUUGAUGUAAAGAACUGCUCGCCUACUCAACUCAAAACCAUGCAAGAUUUCAGGUUGGAGUUUUUAAGUGCAUUGCCUGCAUUGGGCAGCUCUACAUCUAAAGGAAUGUUUAUCAACUCUUGCUAUGCACACUGCCAAACUGAAAUGCAGGAGUUAUGGUUGAGGAAUGACUCUCCCCGGUUGAGUAAUAAGACAAUUGCAAAAGCAGUUGGAGACUGGUAUUACGAUCGCAGUCCAUUUCAAAAGAUAGAUUGUCCAUACCCUUGUGACAAUACUUGCCACAAUCGAGUGUUUGAUCCGCAAGAGCACCCAUCAGUAUAGAUUUAUUACAUCAGCAUGAAUAUUCGUCGCUCCGCAAGAGCACCCAUCAGUAUAGAUUUAUUACAUCAGCAUGAAUAUUCGUCGCU